AUGUCGACGUACUCGGUCGGACCAGAGCUCAAGGUGCUCAGCCCCGGCGUGGGCUACGGCAUCAUCGCAGGCAUCGGCGCCGUCUUCACGCUGGUCAUGAUCCUGACCGCCAAGUUCCAGAACCGGUACUUUGCCUUCUCGACAAAGCAGUCAGAAGAAUUCAACACGGCAUCGCGGAACGUCAAACCGGGCCUCAUUGUCGCGGGCAUCGUCUCUGCUUGGACCUGGUCGGCGACGCUGCUCACCAGUUCCACCUUUGCCUACUCCUUCGGCAUCUCGGGGCCCAUGUGGUACGCCGCUCUCGGGUCGUCGCAGGUCAUCUUGUUCGCCUUGCUCUCCCUCAGGGUCAAAAGAGACGUUCCGGGGGCACAUACGUUUCCGGAGAUUGUGCUGUCUCGCCACGGCAAAGUGGCUCAUGGCAUUUACACCUUCUUCGGAUGGGUCGUCAACAUGUUCGUCGGCGCAACGCUCGUGCUCGGAGGAUCUCAAGUGCUGGCAGGGCUCUCUGGCGUCAAUGUCUAUGCGGCCUGUUUCAUCAUCCCCCUCGCCGUCGCCGCCUACGUGAUCCAAGGCGGCCUCCGCAGCACCUUCGUAGCCGACUACCUGCACACGGUGAUCCUGUUCGUGGCCAUCUUCAUCUUCGCCUUCACGCUCUACACCUCGGACGACUACACGGGCAGUCCCGGCCGAGUGUACGACCUCCUGGUCGAGGCCGGGAAGCAGACUCCCCUUACGGGAAACCGCCAUGGCUCGUGGCUCACGUUCCAGUCGUCGACGGGCAUCAAGUUCGCCGCCGUCAUCUUCCUCGGCAGCUUCUCGACUGUCUGGCUGGACCAGGCGUAUUGGCAGCGUGCGAUUGCCUCGAAGCCCGAGACGAGUGUCCAGGCGUAUCUGCUCGGUGGGCUGGCGUGGUACGGCAUCCCAUUCGGAUUCGCCACGGUCAUGGGCCUAGGUGCCGUCGCCUUGACCGGAUCGCCGUCCUUCCCUACCUACCCGAACCCUCUCAACGCGGCCCAAGUCGGCGGGGGCUUCGCUGCACCGGCGACGGCGAUCGCGCUGAUGGGCAAAAACGGCGCGGCACUGAUGCUGCUGCUCCUAUUCAUGGCCGUUACGUCUGCCGCGUCGGCGGAACUGAUCGCCGUGUCGUCGCUGUGGACGUUUGACGUGUACAAGCUGUACAUCAACCCGUCGGCAUCGUCGACCAAGCUGGUCAGACAGGCGCACUACGGCAUCGUGGGCUAUUCGCUGAUCCUGUCGGCGUUCUGCUGCGCCCUGAGCGCCAGCGGUGUCGACAUCACCUGGAUUCUGACCGUGGGGGGCGUCCUCGUCGGAGGCGGCGGCAUUCCUCUGGGGCUGAUCGUCUUGUUCCCUUCAUGGGUAUCGACGCCCGCCGCGAUUGGCGCGCCGCUGAUCGCCUCACCCCUCGGCCUGACCGCGUGGUUUGUCACGACACACAUCCGCUCUGGGACUAUCACGGCCGUGACCACGGGCGACCUGACAAACGCCCUGGUCGGCAGCUCUGUGGCGUGCGGUAUCGGUGCCGUCGUGGCCGUGAUCUUCUCCUUCCUCUUCCCGUACAAGUACACCUCGACGGACCCGGCCCAUAUCGCCCGCGUGCAGAAGAUCCAGGGAACCGCAGCCCUGCACGGUCGCGAGGUGCUGACUGAGCUCGACACCAGCGGCGGCAUGGCCACCCCGGCAGUCGGGGACGAGAAAUCACACGCAAGCGAGGCCAAGGCUGUCGCUGGAGUCGUCUCCGAACAACCACAGGCACCAUCGACCACAAUCGCGCAGGACAAGGACCAGGACCACAUAGAUAUCUCCCAAGCCCCUGGCGUCUCUAGUUCUCCCGGAUCCAUCGACGCCGGCGCCGCCACCGGCAACGAGAUCGUCGACUACCUGCUCACGAACCACAUCGAGCCGCUCGACCUGCAGGCCUACCGCCGCGCCCGCCGCCUCGCCUACUGGGGGUGCGGCGUAUUCUUUGUGUUAGCCAUCGUGUUAUUCCCCUUCACCUUCUUCGGAACGGGCUAUAUCUUCACCAAAGCCGCCUUCACGGGCUGGGUCGUGGUCAGCUUCAUCUGGGUGUUUUUCAGCGCCAUCGCCUGCAUCUUUUGGCCGCUGCUGGAAAGUUAUCCCACGUUGCGGGAUAUGGUGGGCAUGUUGGUCCGUGAUACGUUUGGGAAGGAGGGAAAGGGUAGUGGUAGUGGUGGUAGUGAGGGUGAGGGUGAGGGUGAUCACGAAAAUCAAGGGCCGGUGUCUGGUGCGCGCGAACACGGUUCGCCAGUUUAA